AUGACGGCAGGGGAAUGGUGGCGAAUUACCGUCGAAGCAGCUGAAGAAUGGUACAGGCUUCACAUGAGCUUGAGCCCCUUGGAAAGAAUCAAGCACCCCUGUGGAGCACCGCCUGAAAUUACCUUGGAGAAGUGGCAGAGGGUUGAAAGAAGGGUUUCUUCAAUGAUCCUCCAAGCUGUUCCCCAGGGUGUCCGCGAAGAACUUGUAGCCUCAAGGAGAAUGACGACCUUUGGGAUUGUCACGUAUCUCUUGGCCGCCUAUAGCCCUGGAGGAAUUUCAGAAAAGCAAAACAUCCUUAGAAGCUUGGAGGAGCCCCCGGAGAUUCAAAGCCUCAAUGAAGCUCCUGGUGCACUACGACGUUGGCUUCGAUGGAGAAACCGCGCAAAAGAAAUAGGAGCUGUGCCCCCAGAUCCAGCUCUACAACUCAAGGGACUUUUAAAGAUGUCAAAGAAACAGCUGGAAAGUCAAAGGGAGCUACAGUUCAGGGUGUCCCUAGUCCGGUCUGGGCUUGGGGUUGACACUACGCCAAAUGACACCAACGUGGAGCAGUUCGCUUACCUUCUUGCUGAGUUUGAACAGCUGGCUUUAACCGAAAAGAAGCCAGGUGCAUCCACAGCAGCUGCCAAAGGUGAGCAACCGAAGUUGAAGUCUUUGGAAGCUGAAAGAACGAAAGCAAAGAAAGGAGAUGAGGAGACUGGAAGGAAAGAAGAUGUUGAAAAGCCUGACCACUUCUGCGUCUACCGCUUCUCCCUCUACUACAAGUGUUGCAAACGAGAAUCAUGUGCCAACUACAAGACUGUGAAUGUGACCCUGGCGAAUGGUCAACAAACUCAACUCCGAAUGACUCCUGGAGGUGUGAUGGUCUCAGGGCGCGCUGAUGUGGAGCCGAUCUUGCCGACGGGUUUGCUCAUUGAAAAGCUUGGCUGCAAAAUCGAAUGGAACAGCGAAGGAGUUUGCCUUCGAGGUGAAGCUUCCGCCCUUUUGGAGCUCGACAUCAAAAGAGGCUCACAUCAUGACCUUUCAACAGAUGUGGGGCCCUAUGCAGCUCUGAUUCGAGCUGCAUUGGAGAACAAGCUCAAAGCGAUAGUCGAUGGCACAAACUGCCGAAGCAGAAGUGUGUUGCGUCACUACAAAGUGCCCGGUCAACCGGAUUGUCCAAGGCCAGUCAGGUCUUGGGGAGGAGGAGAAUAUGGAAUCAGUGGACUUACAGAAGCUGAAAAAAUUAUGAUUCAAGAAGAUGACCUCCUCCUCUGGCGCAUGAUCUUCCUUGCCAUGGUCUUCAACUACAUCAAAGAAGCGCGAAAAGAUCCAAGCCCUGUUGGCUUCACCUUGGAACAGCCAGCAUCACCCAAAGACUACAAGCCAGAAGUUGUCUCGUUUUGGGACACCAAAGAGUGGGCUUCUUUGAAGAAGGAGUUUGGCUGGGAAGAAACUACUUUUGCGCAAGGUCAAUAUGGUGGCUCCGCUACCAAACCAACUACCUUCGGCGGAAACUUGAAACUGAAGGUUAACAACCACAAAAGAAUGAAGAAAGCAGGAGAAGGUUUGGAGGUGAAGUCUUCAAAAGACCUUUCAAGAUGGGCCCCUGGCGUCAUGGCGAUGGUUGCAGAAGCCCUGACGACACAAGUGAUGCAGCGCAUCAGGAGGUCUUUCAGCCUCCUUACCUGA